CAGUCAACAUCGGUACAUGCAAUCCUGAGAAGGCUAUAUUAGGCAAUUCGUGAGGAAUCUCAUUGCCCCAUAGCACAAUACUUGGCGCAACAAGAACGCUUUUGCUCGGCGAAAUACCUCGUGUACAGGUACAUCAGAAGCCUGCCGUCUCGCGUGAUCAGAUUGUUCCGCGACAACAGAACAAUAGCCCGCCCAGAGUUCACAAAAGACAAGUCCUUCCAUAACUGGGACGGGUGGCAAUUGCCGAGGCCAAUCUGUGUGGCUCCAGGCCAAAGUACUGCCACACCCUCAACACGGACUUGAACUCCUACCACCACCUAGCCACUUGGAAGCUUCCCCACAGCUGUCGAGAUGCAGAGCACAGAACUAGAGCCUAGUACAUCUCAGGGCAGUCGACCUGGGAACAUCGCGGCCAGGCGCGGGCAACUCUUGGAAGAGCUCGUCAGACUUCAUGCAAGGAAUGUCGAGGUCAAGGCUGAGAUCAACGCCCUCUCUCCGAUAUGCAGACUCCCCGACGAGCUCCUCGUGGCGAUCUUCAUGUAUUGUGUCGCCCUCCAAGGUGACCUGGACACUGUCUGGACUGAGAACUCCGCGUACUUCCCCGGACAACGACAACGGCCAUACUCCUGGAUAGUUCUCUCGCAGGUCUGCCGACAGUGGCGCAGAGUUGCGCUCGAUUUCCCUGCGCUCUGGAGCAGUGUCUUUCUCGCUGCUGGCGAAGACUUCAUCGCCGAGGUACUCCGCCGCUCGCAGCGGAUGCCGCUGGACGUCGUCGUCUGGGUCGACUCCUUCGUGGCCAACGACAAGGCCAGGACCCUGCGUCUGGUUCUCGGAGAACUAUCUCGUUGCCGCAGUCUCCGGAUCACGAUGCCGGAUGCAUACGUACCGCCGGAGCUGGAGAACAACCCCGCUCCUGAGCUACGCACGCUGAAGAUACGCAACACAUGUACGAACUACCCAAGCGCGCCGCCGGAGUUCACGCGCCUUUUCCGCGGUCGUGCUCCUCGUCUGGAAUGCCUCGACUUGGCUGGCCGGGCUACCUUCGAUUGGCCCCUUCUCGUCUCGUCGACCUUGCGACAUCUGACGCUCAGCCAGGUGGACAAACACUCGCAGCUCGACGUUGUACAACUGCUGACGAGACUUCGCGGUCUGCCGUUGCUGGAAACCUUACGCUUGGAUCAUGCCCUCACCCCUUGCUUCAAGUUCCCUCGGAACACGGUGCUUCCCCCUCCGAGCAGUAUCAACCUUCCGCGCCUGAAAUCGCUCCACAUUACCUCAAAUCUCCGGACGUGCACUACACUGGUCGAGACACUCUCAAUCCCGUCUCUUAAUUCAUUCAGCGCAGAGAUCGAAUGGCGCGAUGAAGUUGGAGAACUCGGCCAAUAUGUUGCAAAGCUCACUUCGACCCUGGGACAUGCGACACAAAAUAUCUAUGCUCUUGCACUGCGCCACGUCGGCCCGGACGUGCAUCUCUGCUGCUACAAACAAGCCCAAAACGCGAUACUUACUGGAAUGCGAUCAUCCAACGAUGACGGACCAUUUUGUAUUCGCCUAGUCUUCGUCGAACUGCUCUAUCGUAUGGAGGCCCGACUCCCCGACGUUUUCUCGCGACUCUCUUUUGCGCCAAGCAUCAAGAACUUACAUAUCGAGGAUCUAGCCCUCAGCGAGGCACUCACAGGCACUGUCUUCCGUCAGUGCGAAGGCGUCACAUCGCUUCGUGUCACCAAUCGCCCCGCCGUUGAGGUAGUCCGCGUGUUGGGUGGCUAUGCUCGGUGGACCCGUCCACGGCAGCAGAGCGAUUAUCAACAUCAGCACCGGCCUGCCCCAUAUCUCCUCCCUCAUCUUGAGGUACUGAUGUUCCAAUGCAUCUCCUUUGGCGAACUGGCGGAUGGCCUGGAGAACACUCUGGUACAGCGCUACGAGGACGGGGCACAGAUAAAGGAGAUCCAUCUGACCGAGUGCCGCCAUAUCACUUCUGCAAGCGUGAAUUACCUCCGGCGUGUUGCUGUAGAAGUCAAGUGGGAUGGGGUAGUAGUUGCGGAUAGUAGAGAAGCCACUCCUGACCUACACCGUCAAGUGGUCCGUCCUCGGAUGGGUGACAAUCAUGGCCCCGUGAGCCAGUUCAUGCCUAUGAUCCCCCCUAAUGCACCCUACAUCGGAGUCCCAUACACGGCGUGGCACUAUGUACCCGCGCCUCCUUUGCUCCCCUUGCACAGACCGGAAGGAAGACACUAGCUCGGAUGCUUUAUGUCUCAUGAGUGGGUAUCCGGACUACGAGGUACUGUUAUGCCUACCCUGUAUGUAGAGUUUUAGUAUGCAAUGUAUGUUCUAUACUGCCAAUUGUAGUAUGUCUACGUUAACGUUGAUCACACGGAAUGCUAUCCGACUGCCAGAGGUCCACUGACAUUGAUGCUCUAUACAUGAGUCUGGGGCUGUGUUGUAGUUACCC